CUGCACCACCGCAGUAAAACAUUGACUCGGUCUGGUUUCAAUUGAGGGCUAAAUGCUUACUACUCCGUACGUACGGAGUACAUCAGGCUGCCCUGAUUAGCUCUGUGCAUGCGACCUUCAUUGCCUCAUAGGGAUGGUGAUGGACAUACAUAUCUUGGCAUUCUUAAGAUGCUAAGAUAUAACAGACACCUAGUGCUGGGCGAUGACACCACUCCUUUCCCCGCUCAAAGUUCACUAUUGUUUGGGACUUAAUCUAUCCAUCUGCACUUCAUAUGGAGAUGGCAUGCAUGUCCUUUGGAUGUAGUAAAAUCCUCCGAAAAUCUCUUCAAGCUACUAACGGAAUCCGUCCGUCGUCGGGUCACUUUUGAUCCUUUAAUUGACUAACCCAUGAUCCUAACCGUUGCAUUAUAAGCGAACUAACCCUACUAACGUCCAUGGUUAUGGAGAAUAUAGACGUGCGCCCCAAGGUAACAUCGAAACUAACUCCCGGUCAAGACAAGGUCGAAAGCCAAGCGGCCGCACCAAAAUUCCUUCACGGGCUGAUCCCUGACGGGGCUGAUUUGCAGUGUACAUUUUAUAUCGUGGCUGAGAUCCUAUCGCUCACUUUUAGGCCACCCAAAACAAAAAGCAAUCGAUUUUGUUUUCAUAAUAUCCACAGCAGACCACGAGGGACGAAAACACGCAGAUGGAGAAAACCACCACAAAAAUGCGCAAACUUCCCCCCUUCGCCAGCCUUAUGGGCGCAGACCCAUCCCUGGACAGUCAACACUGCUUUGAGACGUCCUGGCUCCUCCCACCACUAGCCUACGCCAUUUUCCGCGGUGCGAUCGCGCUCUACAUCUUCGUGACCAUCUUCUUCAUCUGGGGCUGGGACGGCACUCAUGGCAACCGUGCAGCUAUCGGCCAAUCCUUCAGCUACUUCACCUGGCUGACAUACUGGGGUCUGGGCUUCUACCACAUUUUCGCAUGCAUCCACACCACCCUCUAUGCGCUGACCGGUCGCUCGGUGCUCUUCGAUCGCUGGCCCCGUAGCCUGCGCGCCCUCCACAGUCUCUACUAUACGACCAUCACGACGUUCCCAUUCCUCGUGACGAUUGUUUUCUGGGCGAUUCUGCAUCCGUCUUGGUUCAACGUGACUUUUAAUGCAUGGUCGAAUCUCUCCCAACACGGCCUCAACUCCCUCUACGCCCUUCUGGAAAUCAUCCUCCCGGCUACUAACCCGCACCCGCUGAUGACGUUCCCGUUCCUCGUGUUUCUGCUCCUCCUAUACGUCUCUCUUGCCUAUCUGACGUAUCAUACUCAGGGAUUCUACACGUAUUCCUUCUUGGAUCCUGGUGAGCAUGGGGAGAAGAGUGGCAAGGUCACUGCUUAUUGUUUUAUCAUUCUCGCGGCGAUUGUGGUUAUCUUUGGUAUUACUUGGGGUGUUAUUUGGUUGAGGAGGAAGUUGACGGGGGGUAAGGUGAAGCGGUCGAAGUUUGAUCAUGAGAGGCCGAUUGAGAUGCGGGAGGCUGAAGUCUAGGACAAAUGGUUGAUGAUUCGUAAAGGUGGGGUAAUCUGUUCUAAUUCCUAAUGUUUAGUCCAUAGGUAUAUUAUGGUAUUUGCUAGGGACGGAGUUGACGCAUGAUGUAUACAUAUGCGAA